AUGACUGAUGUCCAAGCCUUCCCUGUGGAGACCGAUGUGCCAGCACCUGAUCCACAGUCUCACCCAAUUGACAGUGAGGACCAGUUUUUAACCGCGAGGGCGGAUGUUGGCACUUCUGACCAUGCCAGUGAGCACCCACGCAAGGAAACAGUAUAUUACGAUGCAGAGGAUGGCUACAACGAAGGGAAGGUGUCCGUCAAGGCGGGGUGUUUGGGUUGCUGUACCUGCAUCCGCCGAAGGCCAAGGCAACAGCGAACGGCGGUGCCUGGCAUUCGACAGGACAUACCGCCCCCGCCACCUCCACCGCUGCCUCCGCACGGCAGACCCCAAGGCGAGUCGAUGGAACCCUACUGGUCCCAUUCACGGAUCAAUUUGCUGAGGCAGCCAACUGUAACUCCCGUGCCAGAGCUGCAUGAAAUCACCAUCAACAGCAGGGAAGAUGACAUCUUCUAUUCCAUGGAAGAGGCUGCCUUGGACCCAAGCAACCUUUAUGUGGAUGAUGAUGAGGUGGAGGAUGCCCAGGCCCCGUUGAGCCGACGUUCCUCUCUCAGCUCGAGAGAUUCCCUUUCAAGGGCUGGCAGCCUGAAAGCAGCUCUGGCAAAGAUUGCCAGAAGGCUGUCGAGCAGGAGAGACCUUGGCCGUGUGGACCACCUAUUGACAGAGGAACCAGGGGACGAGCUAAACCUGGUGACCGGACCACUAAGUCCAGAGGAGAUGACCGAGAUUUCGCGUUUUGCUGGCACCUGGAAGGCUGACCGAAGCAUGAGUGAUGAUUAUGACGGAAUGUGCAAGAUCAUGCAGCUUGGGUUUGUGUUUCGGAAGGCUCUGGAUUCUUCUGAUACAAUAAAGUUUGAAAUCACGCAAGAUGAAUUGGUCUAUACUGCAAGGGUCCUGGGGCUUGUGAACAUUGUGGAACGUCGGCCAUGGUCAGGGGAGAAGUUGCCACACCGAAGGAGAGAUUUGCGCAGGGGGCAGGCGAUGUGCUCUGUGAAGCGACGCCGGCAGAUUCUGGUCAUGAGGUUGGACUGGAAUGACCCCUUGGGGGGCAGAAUUCUGGAGCAUGUGCAAUUGUCUGAAGAUGGCAAGAACAUGGUCUUUCGUAUCGAUCUUUACCGAAACACAGCCAAUGCACAUGGACAAGAGGCACACAUCAGGAUUGUAUUUCACCGGGCUUCGGGACCAAGCUGA